UUCGGCUUCAGCCUUGCUAGCAUUUCACAAUGUGGUUGGUGUUAUUGUUUCGAGAGCUGGUGGUCGGUUGGACUCGUGUCGGAGAUGUGCGACGAACAUCACGAAGAAGGUUCCCAAGUGACCUUCCUAAUGAGAGCACCAUUAUUUAGCGCUGAUACAGUGCCGUUCAUCCUCGGCCAAAGGUUGCCAUUGACCAACAGCGAGUCCUAAUAUAGGCAUCCAACUGCCCGAUUGAAGGCUUCAAAACAUCAGAAUCGAAGUACUCUAGCCUUCUACAUUUCUCCUCCAAACCGUUGCCAAACAUGCGCUGCCUUUCCCUCUCUUCUUUCCGCUCCCGCGGCAGGACCAACAGUAUGGCUGACUCAGCAUCUCCUCCACCAUACACAGUCUCUCGUGAGAAAGCACUGGCACCGGAUGCGAGCAAAGGAAAGAAAGCCCACAAGGUCUUCUUCGGGCGCAUUAUACAUUCCAAGUCUCUGACCGAGAUCGAGAUAUUACCCAAAGCCAGCCUUGGGGUCGACGACAAGGGCAUUAUUCAAUUUCUAGACCCGAACGUCGACUCCGCAAUCGAAGCAUGUGGCCGACACAACGGUUUUGCCAACGCCGAGACCAUCGACCUGAAGCCGAUGCAGUUCCUGUUCCCCGGUCUCAUCGACACGCACAUGCACGCACCCCAGUACCCAAAUAUGGCGCUGGGCAUGGAAGGCGAUCUCAAGGAGUGGUGCGAGAACUGGACAGACCCUAUGGAAGCAUCUUACUCGGACACCUCGAAAGCCCAUCGCGUGUACCGCGAAAUGGUCGCCAAGGAGCUCGAGAACGGGAGCACCACGGUAGCAUACAAUUCCAGCAUCCAUCCCGACGCGACCAACGUACUUGCCGACACGUGUCUGGAGUUCGGACAACGAGCAGUGAUAGGCAAACUAUGUAUCCUCGUGGGCAGCACGCACGGAAACUGGGAGAAGAGCACACAGCAAAGUAUCGAUGACGAGAAGAAGGUCGUCGAGCAUAUCAGGAAGAUUGACCCAGAAGGUAAACUAGUGCUGCCGUGCAUACAGCCUCGAGCAGGCUCGUACGUGCCGCCGGAGCUGAUGACCGGCUUGGGCGAUCUCUAUCGUGACAGUGAUCCUAUCCGGGUGCAGGCACACAUGUGCGAGACGCCCUUGGAGGUGGAACAAAUGCACAAGCUACAUGAGGGCAAGUUCGAGAGCUACGCUGACAUGUAUGAUCAUUAUGGUCUGUUUGGGCCGAGGACAAUUCUUGCGCAUUGCAUCCACCUGUCCGACAGGGACAUGGAGGUCAUGGCCGAGAAGAAGGUCGGCGUGGCUCAUAAUGCCAACAGCAACACCUGCCUGACUGAUGGAUGGUGUCGGGUCCGCCAGCUGUUGGACAAGGGAAUCAAAGUGGGUUUGGGAACUGAUUGUUCUGCGGGAUAUUCCAUCUCAAUCCUCAACUCCAUGAGACAGGCCAGUAACGUCUCGAGGCAUCUGACUAUUCACACCGGAGAUCCAGCUUGGAAGUUGAGCUUUGAAGAGUUGGUAUACUUGGCCACCAUGGGAGGCGCCGAAGUCUGUGCUCUUGACCAGACAGUGGGCAACUUCAAGGUCGGAAAGCAACUCGAUGCUCUUCUCGUGGAUGUGGGCUUGGAGGACAAUAUCAACACCAGUGGACACGAGCACGAUGAUAUGGCCUUGUUGAAGAAGUGGGUGUUUAUGGGUGACGAUCGAUCAAUACGCAAAGUGUUUGUGGGUGGAAAAUUGGUCGCGGGAAAGGAUCUGAAAGGAUGAUGAGCGCAAAGGAGUGUAUUAGUUAGAUAUGCACUUUCUAAAUACUUUGUCGUUCAUCAUUCGCAGGUUCAUCGUAAAACGACGACUGCAGAAUGGUGACGAAUUCCGUAGAUGUCCGAAACAAAACGCUGAUCCCCAG